AUGGGUAAAAACCGAAGUAUCAUCGCUUCUCGUGCCACUCAUUUUCGUGAUAAGAGAAAAUCAAAACCGGCAAUGCCUGUAGAAGUUCAGAUCGAAAAUAUUAUGAGAAAAGCUCAAUGCCGAAUGACUGUUACCCGACAUGGAAAAGUCACAAAAAUUGUUGAACCAAAAAGAAAGGCAAAGAUCACCUGUUUGGAAUCACCUGAGAUGAAUGACGAACAGCUACCAAUGAUUGUUGAUCGAAUGCAGAUAACAGAUGGUCAGAUCAGUGACGCAGAAGAAAACGACACUAUUGAUAUCUCAAGUAAAACGGGUGAAGAAAGUUACUGGCAUAACGAAGAAAACAUGACAGCUGACGUGGCAGAUAACGAGCAAGAAAUACCAGUUGAUGAUGAAACAGACGACGCCGCGGUAUUCUCAAUGUUUGAUAUAGCCAAUAUUUUGGCAAUAUUUAAGUUAAAAGAGAAUGUAUCACGUUCUGGCAUGGAUAGUUUACUAGCAUUACUACGUAUUUUACGUGUGAAAAAUGUCCCGAAAAAUUACGUGACACUUACAAGAUUGUUGAUGAAUGAACAUCUUUUAUCAGAAGGAACACAUUGUUCGUUCUGUCCAACAUGCGGAAAAGUAUCUCGUGCACAGGCUUGUAUGGAUAAAAAAUGUACAGGUUCGGGUAAAGAUGGUAUCGUGGCUGAUGUCAAAUUCAUUGAACAUAAUAUUAAACUUCAAAUUCAACAAAUACUUGAGCGAGAAACAUCAUUGAAUCUCCGUACAUCGUCUACUACACCAAUAACCAUUAUUCAUGACAUUCAUGAUGGACAAAAAUAUCAACAAAUACUCAAAAAUGAAACGGGUCAAUUUAUUACACUCACAAUGAAUUCAGACGGUAUUGAAAUACAAAGUGCGAAAAAUACCUCAGUGUGGCUAUUAACAUUUGUGAUAAACGAAAUUGGUCGUUCAAAACGUUUUCAUCUUUCCAAUUCUAUAAUCGGCGGUAUUUGGCCAACGAGUUCAAAACCGUCAAAAGCACAAAUGCAGGAAAUAAUGAAAUUGAUCGUUGAUCAGUUAUUGAAAUUGGAGAAAGAACAAAUUUACAUCAUACGUGUCGAGAAUAGACUAGAAGAAAUUUGUUUAAAAACAUUUUUAUUGUGUACAUCUGCCGAUAAACCUGCUGUGACACUUAUUCAAAACACCAACGAAUCACAUGGGUACUACGGUUGUUUUCGUUGUGUUCAGAAGGGAAAAAAUAUUUCAUCAAAUCCUGGUAUUGAGGGAAAAAAAGGUUCUGUAAGAGUUUAUCCAGCCUGGUCCGAUAAUGUCGAUCCACCAGAAUUGAGAACAAAUGAACAAUACGACAAAUUUAUUCAGUGGUUUAAAACAGUUGAUAUUCGAACAAUUCGAACCAGAAACGAGAAGGAAAAAUUUCGAGAUGAUAAAAUGGGUUACAAUGGAAUUUGUCAUUUGAGAAAAUUAAAAUGGUAUGAUGUGGGUACUUCAAUAUCAUUUGAUAGUUUACACACAUUCUAUGGUGGCGUUGCUAGACGUAAAAUUGAUCUCAUCUUAUCGUAUAAACAUCGUGAAGCUGAUUAUUCAUGUUACGACCAAACUGAUGAGUUAACAAAAAAAUUUGAUUCACUCAAAUAUCCGUAUACGACGUAUCGUCUACCGAGAAGUUUAAAAUAUUUCGGCAAAUUUAAAUCAAAUGAAAUACGAAUGUUGAUCUUAUUCGGUUAUGUCGCAUUUUUCGGUAUAUUAAAAGAGCCGUAUUUCAGUCAUUUUAUGAAACUCGUUACAAUUGCCCAUUUAGCCGAAAGUCGCCAUUUGACACAAGAAAAUAUUCGAUACGUUGAUACACUGGUUGAAUUGUAUGUGACAGAAUUUGAAUCAUUGUACGGUGAAAGAAACUUGGUGUCAAAUGUACAUUCACUUUAUCAUAUCCCAGCUACAUUAAGUGAUUUUGGUCAAUUUAUGAAUUACUCUACAUUCAACUUCGAAUCUCUCAUCGGUACGAUAACGGGUACGGUGAAUGGGCGACGUUCGUUCGCAGAAGAAAUAUCAAAUAAUCUUAAUCUCAUUCGUCUCAUCAGUCUGAACAUUGUUAACAAGAAAGUACACCCAUCAUUAGAUUAUCAAUUAUCAAAAAUGGCUAAUUUAAAACCCUAUCGUAUCAAUCAAUCGUCCACUGUCCACAUUGAACAGAAUGAGAUAACAGUGAAAAAACCAAUAUACAUUGAAUAUGUUGAUAAUUGUGAUAUUCGACAACGAUUUAAUUUGAAUGAAAACGACUUGAUUGAGUAUUUUUCAACGUUAUAUAUAAAAGAUGUUCGAUUUACUAUUGAUACUCUACUCGAACAGAAAAAUAAAACCGAUU